AUGGCUAGUCGAGUGGCGGAAGCGGCAAAGGGCUUCGAUGCUGUGUUUGUUGAACCUGUCGUCGAUAGGUUGAGAUGUGCUAUUUGUCUCUUGGUUUUACGAGAACCGGUACAAACAGACUGUGGUCAUCAUUUUUGUGCCGGUUGUCUAGGUAUGCCUUCUAGCGAAGACUGUGGUUUCUUUUCACUAAUGAGGCCUUAUCGUACACAUCUCAUUAGACCGGCUAUCUCUUGUCCUUUAUGUAGAAGGCCGCUACCGCGUUCAAAGAUCUAUUCGGACAAUGCACUGAAAAGAGAGAUACUGGAUUUGAUGAUCAAAUGCGAUCGACAUGAGAAAGGUUGUGAAUGGGUUGGUCAGUUGAGAUACAGAGAAACUCAUGAGAAAGAAUGUGAAUGUGUUAAAGAACCGUGUGCAAACGAGUGCGGAGAAAUGGUCAUACGAAAGAAAAUGAAAGAUCACAAGGAAAGACUGUGUGUAAGAAGAGUCGCUAGUUGUGAUCAUUGCAGCACCAGAAUGGAAUGGAGGAAUCUUGAGGCUCAUUACCUAACAUGUCUUCAGUAUCCUGUUGACUGUAUUUACUUGUGUGGGCAAACCCUGGCAAGGAGUCAGAUGGAAGAUCACACUGGUAGAAACGGAAACUGUCCAAAUAGUAUUCUUGAGUGUGAUUUUAGCGACAACGGAUGCUCUUUUAAAGGAAAACGUGACGAACUGCUAAGGCACAUUGAAAGUAAUACAGCUACUCAUCUUAGUCUGAUUGCCACAGAACUAAAAGCAACCAAAUUGAAGUUGAGAAAGACUGAAUUUAAGUUGGCAGGCACACAAAGUAGACUGGAAGACACAGAAAGUAGACUGGAAGAGGUGGAAUCACAGCUAUGUGAAGAAUCGAUAAGAAUGAAGUAUUCCUUUCCACCUGGCAGGUUUGUGCACAAAUGGAGAAUAGAGAACUGUUCUGAGAAACUCACACAAGCAAAAUUGCAGAAACCGGGUGAAAUGAUGAUUGGAAGCAGUUCAUUCUAUGUAUAUCCUGGGUAUCAUCUCUACCUUCAACUUUACCCGAUUCGUUCUAUUACGGGCACUGAGACAUACAUUGGUCUUUAUCUGCAUGCAACUGGUGGAAUAUUUGAUAAAAAGCUCGUUUGGCCAUUUCCAUUCUCAUACGUUUUAGAACUUGUGGAUCAACAGUCAGCUGAAAAUAAUCUUCACAGAGAAUGCCAUCCUCCAUAUACAAACAUGAUUGCUGGAGGCACUGGGUAUGGUUUUGGCUCAUUUUGCUCUCAUGAAAAGUUACUUUCCCAUCACUACAUUAAGGAUAAUUCCAUUCUUAUUAAAGUGACUAUUAAUGUGGAUGUGGAGGAGUAG